AUGGGAUUUAAGUCUCCCGCUACGGCAAAGCACGUUUUCUUCAUCCACUCUUUACUUUCAAUUCUUCGCACAAACCACUCAUUUAUCAUGCAUUUUUCAUCUGCUUUGGCCAUUCCGGCCUUCUUGACCCUGGCAAAUGCUGCAGUCCUUGGGAAACGAGCACUCUCAGGACAAGCAACCUAUUAUGGCGGAAAUGUUGCGGGCGGAGCCUGCUCAUUUUCGACCUACACACUCCCUUCCAAUAUCUUCGGCACUGCUCUAUCAGAUUCGAACUGGGACACCAGCGCCAAUUGUGGAGCAUGCGUAUCGGUGACAGGCCCCGAUGGAAAUUCCAUCACUGCAAUGAUCGUUGAUGAAUGUCCCGGCUGCGGCACGAACCACCUGGAUCUCUUUCCCACUGCGUUCUCCACGCUCGCCACUCCCAGCACAGGUGUCAUUGAUGUUACAUGGUCAUAUGUCGAUUGCCCCAUCACCUCGCCUCUGCAGGUGCACAACAAGGAAGGCGUUUCCAAAUACUGGUUUAGUAUGCAAGUCGUCAAUGCCAACAAAGCAGUCUCCAAGCUCGAAGUUAGCACGGAUGGUGGAAGUACUUGGCAAGCAACUACCAGAAUGGAUUACAAUUUCUUUGAGAACUCAAGCGGCUUUGGCACCGACAGUGUGGAUGUUAAGGUCACAAGUUCGGCUGGCGAUGUGGUUAUUAUUAACGAUGUGGCCAUCACUGCCGGGUCUGUAGUGACGGCCGGCAGUAACUUUGGAUCCUCGGCGAGCACUGCCGCUACGAGCUCCGCUGUAGUCGCAGCAGUCGUGGCUGCUUCUUCCUCAGCUGCAUCAUCUACAACUUCAAUUGCUGUCGUCUCCACGUCAGCCUUGGCCACCCCUUCUUCAGUAGCACCUUCUACAACAUCUAUUGCUCUUGUGUCGACACCAGCAGCGAUCAUUGAAGCUACAUCAGCAUCCAGUGCACCAACUACCAUCGUUCCUACGGCAAGCCCGUCCACAUCUACAUAUUCAUCUUCUCCGACCUUAUCUUUUGCGCCAGAGCCUACAUACGCCGAUGAAGAUGCCUGCCAAUGGUAG